CUAUGAGCGUCUAGGAUCAAACGGUGACUGAUUCGGAGUCUGGACGAGGGAGAAACAAAGCAUUAAAUAGGGGCGGAGGAAGAAUUACGGGCAGGAGAAUUACGACCGUAUUUUCCCCUCCCAUUCCCGUAUUUUCACUGCCGAGAGGAGCUUUGGAUGCGCUGAAACUUAACCAAAACGCGUGUUUUGGGAAAAAUACGGGCAUGGAAGAAUUACGACCGUAUUGCUGCCCGUAUUUUGCCCAGAAUCGGAUUUUUGAGGCAGAUUCGAGCCAAAGGAAAGGGAGAGCUGGGUUUUGGUUCCCAAACACCCAAGGGACGAAUCCUAGAGAGAGAGAGAGACUUGGGAACAUUCUUAGAGCUAUUUUGGAGGAUUUCUUCACCAUUGGAGCUCGGGAAUCAAGCUUGGAGAUGGAGAUUGAAGAUCUAGAUCAGAUUUCUGCAGCCUCUCUCUUCUCUAUGGAGUAACUUCCCUUCACUUAGGUUUUGAGGAACUCUAGUUCCCUGUGUUAGGAUCUUUCUUGUAUGAAGUUUUGGAUGCUAUAUUGUUUGAUUAUAAUCGAUUGAGGCAUGAUUUAUAGAAUCAAUUGAAGCAUGAUCAUCUUCUCUUGAUUUCUGCUUUAACCUAUGAUAGAUAGAAUCUGAUUAGGUUAAGAGAGCUUCCUUGAUUGAUAGUGGUGAAUUGGUUGUGCGAGAGUCAAUCAAUUCACUGCUUUGUACUGGAAUUCAUUCCAGUAGUGGAGAUCUGUGUGAAUCGCCUUAGCAGUCUAUCCCGGUGAAGGCUAGUCGCCUGCCGGGUAUUCUGUCUAGGAGGGCUUGGUCAGCUUAAGAGAUUCCAAGCUAAUUUAGGAUCUUCCACAGAUUAAUCAACAGUAGAUCAACCAAAGGUAAUUGCAACUUGGACCUAAUUGAGGAGCUAGGGGGAAUCAUACCUAAGUGAGUUCCCAACUUGUAAUUAGUAGAGUACUUAGUAGAGUAGUUUAGUAAAUCAAUCCUUAAUCUAGUUUGCUAGAUAAUGAACUGAAGCUGAGUAAUAGUAACUCUAGAGGCCCGUGGAUUCGAUAUUUAUUACUUGUGCCACUAUACUGCAGUCCCUUUCAUUGGUUACACUUGGCCAUUGUUAGGUAUUGUGUUUUAGCGUGUCACCGCACAACUCCUGGGCCUUUUCGCUGGGUUGGGCCUACCUACUUCUCCCCGGGCCUAAAGCCCAAUAUCGCUAAACCAUGGGGCCCAACACCUAAUAAAUGCGGAUUGAGUUGGUAAAUAGGUCAAUUGUCAAGCAAGGAGGAGUCAUAAAGAAUGUCUUGGUGAAGUGUGCUCAUUUUGUCUAUCCUGUAGACUUCAUGGUUCUCGACAUAGAAGGGUGUGAUGUAUCGAUAAUCGUAGGCCGACCAUUCUUAGCUACGGCACGGACUUUUAUCGAUGUGAGUGGGAGCAAGAUCACCUUUAGGUUUUGAGAGGAGGAGAUAAGCUACAAGAUUACUCCAAACCCAAUUUUCACAAGUAUUACAAGUGGGACGAUGUCAAGAUUGAUUGUGAGCCGGUCACACCUCCUACCACACCGCCUUCAAGCCCCGAGAUAGAAUGGUUCAAUAUGGUUUCUCAUGUUGACCCUCAUGAUAGAAGAGUUGAAGGUGUGAGUUAUUCUUGCGAGAUUAUGAAGAGACCGGGUAAAGAAAGUUUCCUUACAAAAGGCCUACUCAAGAGUUGUUCCAAGUUUCUCAUCAAGCCAAUGAUCAUAGAAGGAAACUUAGAAGAUUUCAUCUUUGAGGAGAGAUACCCCAAGGAAAGCGUUCAAAAUUUUAAGAGCAAACUAGCUUCGAUAUUCGAAGAUGAAGAAUCCGGGGAAUGCAAUAAGUCAUUCACGGAUGAGGACAUUUAUAGUUUAGUUCUUUCAAUCAUGAGCACCAAUCUCCGAAUAUUUCUUUUGAAUCUCAAUCACAUGAUGAAGCAUUCGAGAGACUCCAUGGUCUUCACUUGGGACUUCACCACAAGUAUGAUUUCUACGAAGAAUCAUUGAUGGAUAAUGGAGCUCUUCCCUCUUGAUCUCAAGGAGUCAAGUUUGGCGAAAAGACUUUAAAAGACGAGCUAGUUGGGAGGCAACCCAACAACUCGGUUUGCGCAUCUUUUCCUUUUUGUUUUUGAAUAAUUGCUUAAGUAGAGGAGUAUAAUUGCAUAGUUGAUGAUUGAUAGGACUUUACCCUUGCCCCGCUUUGUCUUUGGAUGUUUGAUUGAUUUAGAUGAAUGAUUAAGCUUAAUAAGUGGGUGAAAACAUC